AUGGCCCAAAGAUUUCAGGUUGGGUGGAUGAGACUGAUACCGUUUCUCGGAUAUCACCAUGUGCUCAUGAUAUUGAUCGCCAUCGCAAUCAUAUUGUUAUCACUUUUAUUAGCAGGCUGCUCCUCAUCGUCACCGCUCAUACCCGGAAUCUUUCUGAUAUCCCUUUACUACGAAUCAUACACUCCGGUUGCUUCCACCGCGCAAGCAGACUUCAACGUACACACAGCGAUAGCAAAUGUAGUUGGAAACGCAAGACUGGCCGCAAGAGUAGGAUACUUCGGUAUCUGCAUAAACCCUGAUGGAGGGUCAUGGCUAUGCAGUAACAACGCAACGGCAUUAGCGAACGAGGUGACGGUCGCAGACGACCCAUUGAAUUUGAUCUGGCUAGCUAGUCAGUUCAAGGAUAUGAUCGUGUUCCCAUAUUUGAUCAUCAUCGCGAUUAUUUUCGCAUUCAUUUGCCUCUUACUCCUCGCCACUUUCCCAGGAUGGCACGAGGAAGAAGACGCUCACGGUUCCGAGCGAGAAGUCAAACCAUUCCCUUCGAGACCAGUCUCCCAGAUCGCGUUGGCAAUCAUCUUCAUCGCCUCGAUCUUCGUACUAGUAUCCGUUUUAUGGCAACACACCGCGUCGGUUGCCGCAUCGAUCAUAGCUCAAGAUCUAGGCAACGGGAGCGUCAAGAGUGGCGUUGGAACCUCAGCAAUGGUACUGGGAUGGUUCGGCUUUGCGCUGUUAAUCGUUGUCACCAUCGGAUUGCUGGUCAUGAUAUUAAGUAUCAGAGUACUAGCCGAGACAUUUGGAUAA